AUGCCAGCCCACUCUUCCCUUCGUCAUCCAAAGAAGACGCUCUUGAAGGCCUCCUCCUUCGACGUCCUGCGUCAACUUAACUUCGAUACCGAGGAUAUGUUCAGCCCUGGCACGAGCAGUUCGCUGAACCAGGAUACUGCCCCCAGACGGCCUGCUUCGUCCGGCAAUCUGGUUAACCAAAUCGCAAAGUGUGGUGAGAAAGAAAGCUCACUCGCCUUUCAAAUUGGAAAUGCCAGCAAGUACGACGUUUUCAUUGAUCGAUCAGCAUCCGGAAUGAUUCAUGAUGGUUCACCCUCGAAGGGGACGGAGAAUAGUACUGAAGAGGCUUCACAUGAGGGCGAAUCGCAACCCUCGCACAGGAAUACCAGCUGGGCUCUGGCCACCCGCGAGCCUCCUCAAAUCGACGCUCAGAAUAUAUAUCCAUCAUCGGCCUGCGUGUUCGUCGCCAAUCUAAGCCAAGCAGUUGACGACCGGAGACUGGAAAUUGAAGUCACCAAAUACUUCUCCCAGUAUGGCACUGUAUUUGUCAAGAUUCGUCGAGAUGGCCGCCAGAUGCCGUUUGCUUUCUGCCAAUUUACCUGCGAUGCCGACGCAGAGAACGCCGCCCAGCACGGAAAUGGAGCAGUGAUACUCGGACGCCCAUGUCGCGUCGAAAAGGCCACUGCUCACUCGUGUUAUGUUGUGUACAAGCUCUCCGGCGCCGAAACAACUAGACAAGAAGCCAUCGACCUGCUUGGUUCGUUGGGCGCAAUAGCCAAGGUUCAUCCCUUGAGUCUCAAUAGCCAGAAGAUGGACAAGUUCCCGUCCGCCAUGGUAGUUCACUAUAAGCGCUACGACUCUUCGCGAGCUGUGGUCAAGACCUUCGAAGAACACCCCAUCUUCCGCGUGGAGGCAUACGAUCCCAAGGCCGAACUGCGUCAACAGCACAAGAGAAGCGACCAGCAGAGCUACGCGCAAUAUGAAAAGGACCGUCGAUCGGCAUACUUCGGCAACUUGCCCCUCAAUAUGACUGCGGAUGUGUUGAAGACGCUGGCAAGCCAGUGCGGCAACGUCCUCUACGCUGAGGUUGCCACCAAGGAAGUGCCUCAAACUGGCGGCAGGAUUACGACGUGCUUUGGCUUCGUCGAGUUUGCGCGUCCUGAUGCGGUCGAGAAUGCCAUCAUGGAUUAUCAUCGCAAGCCGAUCGACGGCCACAUCAUCAAGGUGGAGAGGAAGCGUACGCGAACAUUCAAUGGCUUGUCAUAUGGAACCAUUGGCUCUCAGCGAGGAUCACUUGCUGGCGUCCAACCGUCUACUUGGCAUGGGGGUAAAGGCGGUAAUGGACACGGCAAUCGAAUCAUGGACGCCAACACCUUUGUUCCUCCCGCUACAGGGCUCUCGACGCCUUUCCUUUCGUCGGGGCCCACUGGUCGAGACCAAGACGGUGGUAUUACUACCCGUACACAGGCAGGUGAAUCUCCUCGCCUUGCUCGGAUCAACACCAGCCUAUAUGACCACUCCAUCACGACCGGAUCCGCCACCGGUGAGGAAAAGUUUGGUGCCUCAACCACUUGCGCAAUUGCUUCCAACCACGGUCACGAUGCCCGACGACCGGGAUCCGAUGACGAAAACAAGUUCAAGCCUCGAGCCGCAUCAGAGGACAACAGCGCCGACAGGCGCAACGAGGCACUGCGAGAUGGUGCGCCGAAUCCUAACACCGGAGCCCGAGAUGGAGCAAUGGGAUUGCAGCUCUCUCCCACCGUCGCUGAAAAUGCAGUCAAGUCCGAAAUCAUCGCACAUGCGGGCCUCAAAAGCGAGCCACACGAGCAUUCUAGGGAGUUCGAGGGCAACGAGAUAGCUCAGCACGAGGCUAGAGAUGCCAGCAAGACCGUUGAGACUCCCACAAAGCCCCCGAUGAAGCAAGGUGCCAAGACUCCUCAAUCCUACGGUGCCGAUUCCGCCACAUCCUGCUUCUAUCCACUCAUUCAUCCAUAUCCGUACUCCCCUUAUGGUCUUCCUCCGAUUCAGCCGCUCAUGGCCAAUUCCAUGACACCGCAAGGUGGACCUAUCAUGUACAACACGUUCGGCCAGGCUUAUUAUAGCCCCACGCCAUACUCCGACAUAUUUACUAUGUACCCGAUGAUGCAACAGUAUCCAACUGCUAUUGUGGAAACCCCAACUCGCCCAUCUAUGUCUUCCAAUAGCAUCGAAGAACGACAAGAGACCAGGAAUGAGGCAUACAGCAUGUUCCCAGAGGCUGGCAAGGGCAUCAAUGGAAACGGCCAAAAAGACAGUUUCUGA